UUCUUUACGCUCUGCGGCCCGAGCUUGAGGUUAUGGUACGCCGACGCUUCAGCCUACAGUUCAUCGGCCGCAUAUUCUUUCGCCAACAAGGACGACCAUGCGAAAAUUGUCGAUAUCGUCGCUUUCCUGUGCGGGCCUGUGGAGCUGAUAUAUAAACGAUGGAUGCUGGAAGGAGGUAUGACGCUGGAAAUCAUGAACGAGACCCAUCAAGUUCAGCAGUAUACGAUCAAGGACGUCAAGCGAUUGUUUACGAAUGGCCAGAUUUUGGGGUCGAGGACUGUCGUCUGGGCCGUCAACAUCGAAGCGCAGUCGGACGAUGCACUGGAGAUGCCUACCGGGAAGGAUUUGCAGCUGAUCAUCAAGAGCGCCUGGCUCGAGCGGGAUCUUGUCCACCACGAAUUGGAUGUCCUCGAGUGGAUUCAGCGCAAAGUCAAGUUGGAACCGGGAUCGGGGGUCGAGUAUAAUAUACCCAUUCCUAUCGGUCGCGUGCUAGGUACCUCGUCUCAACCACUAAAACUCAAGGAAUGGGUUACAUUCAACGGCCAAAAGUUGAUCUCGACGAUAGCGACCUUUUGUGUUCGCGCGACUCGGAUUCCGGAUCAAAUCGAUAUACAUCAGCUCUGGGCGGUAGCAAGGAGUCUCCUGCAGACCCUGAGGUUCUUACAUCGAGCAGGAAUUCAUUACCGGGACUUGCAUCCCGGAAACAUCCUCAUGACCGAGGCGGCGGGACCCCAGCGAUGCGUCUUGGUAGACUUUGGGAAUGCGCGCAUUCUCAAAGCGAGGAAAGGGGAACUUGGCGAUAUCGUAAAUCCACCUGAUGACGGUACCGUCAACAAAGAAGACUGCCGCGCGGGCAAUGACUAUUUCAUGAGCAGACGAAUCCACAUAUUGUCGGAGGAUAUGAAGCAGCUUGGUCGGCUCGAAAGAGGCUUGCCGGCUUUCCGGAGGCACUGCCAGGGCGACCCUGAUGGGCCCGAAGAGAUUGCCGCCCAGGAGACAGACAUCGCAAAUAUGAAGAAAGACCUGGAAAACUCAGCCUACAAUCAUCGAUACGUAGACGACUGGGAGUCGGCCCUCUAUUGGUUACUUUUUCAAGCGAACGCAUCGCUUGAAGGUAAGAAUUCGAAGACGAUAGUGGAGAACUGUUUGACACAGAUUCUACGCCUCGACGUGAAGAAGGAUUUGUGGUCCGAUACGGCAGAAUUCAGGGCGGCUAGUUGUGUUGUGAUACCAUACACCAAAGCCGUGGAAUCUUGGCGAGCGCUCGUGGAUAAAUGUCAGACGGAUUUGGAUUCUCCCGCCAGCCAAAACGAUCCGGACCGUCCGGCGGCAGUAAUCGAGUCCGGGCCGGAUCCCAAGGAAAUGGCGUGUUUCGAUAAGAUCAUCCAGAUCGUACAGGAGGCCGAGCUUCGAUUCGCGCCCAAGGAGGAGCACGACCUGAUGGGCCCAGCUGGCCCGUCCAUCAAGCGAGCUUAUCCCGAUCAGCCCGACAACGACUACAAUAAACGCUCCAAAAAUCUUUGAGGACGGCCGAAGCCAGCAGCUAUCGCUUGACAUCGGGUCCAACCUAAACGUUGACGAAGUCCAACACAAGUAUGAUGACAGGUUUACAUACAAGUCUGUUUAGUAUCAUUUCGAGUCUGUUUAUUACGAGAUUACGAGUCUGUUUAUUACGAGUCUGUUUAUUCGCGAGUCUGAAUAGAAGCCUGCUUGCAAGCGCCUCUACACG